AUCAUCACCUUUUUGAACCUCAUUCAUCAACCCGACUCCACCGUCGCCGCCAGCACCUCAAUCGCAACCUCUUUCCGACACACACACAUAUUCGCAAAAAUGUUCCGAUCCGCCGUCCUCCGAUCCCUCCGCGUCGCCGCCCGACCGGCCGCCGUCCGCUCCUUCGCUGCUCCCCGCGUCGCUUCCGUAGCCGUCCCCAAGAUCCAGAGCUUCCAGGCCGUGCGGUUCUACAGCGCCGGAGGUGCGCUCAACAAGGAUGAGGUCGAGGGCCGAAUUAUGAGCUUGUUGCAGGGCUUUGAUAAGGUCAACGAUGUUUCUAACAUCAAGUCCUCCGCUCACUUCGCCAACGACCUCGGUCUCGACUCUCUUGACACCGUCGAGGUCGUCAUGGCCAUCGAGGAGGAAUUCAGCAUUGAGAUCCCCGACAAGGACGCCGACUCCAUCCACUCCGUUAACCAGGCUGUUGAGUACAUCCUGAACCAGCCCGACGCCGCCUAAACGGUUUAAUCUCCCAUAUACCACCACCGCCGCCGCCAUCUACCUACCUCUUUUUUUUUCCUGUUCUGUCUCCCCUUCGAUUCUUGUACAAUUAUCUCAAACCUCUCCAUCCAAUCCCAGUAACGCCGAACCCCCUCGGAGGGGGAAACACAAGAAAAGAAGAAGAUAUGGAGGGCGACAAGUGGUGGGGGGAAAUGGAGAUAAAGAGAAACAAAAUCCGCCAAUAUAACGCAAUCCAAUUCUUCUUUUAAUCUCGGCGCACCAUAAGAAGGAGCUAUUUAUAUUUCCAAGACGGAGGGAGGCUAAGGGGAAUGAGUGAGUGAAAGAAAAAGGGUUACGAAUAAAAAGAACCUUUGGCUACGAGUGCGGUCGGCAUAACAUGCAUACUUGCUCUACCCAUGCUUUCGAGAUUUGAAGUAGACACAGGUGUAUCUGACCGACGCUGUUGACGAUGUAUGAGUAGAUGAUGCUACUGUGACUUUACCUUGUACUAUUGUAUAGAAACAUCCCUUUUCUCUC